AUGGUUGCUAAUUUGACCUCUUUCACUAUUGUUGCUUCUUCUUCACUUCCUCAUGAACGAAUGGAAAUGACCACUUCAGAAUUCUGGUCGUCCUCGUCAUCCCGAAACCACAAGAACUCACUCUCUGAAGUUACCAAACAACGACCAUUCACUGCAUCUGAUACUCCAUCCUCAGGAAUUUGUAUCAAUGGAACGACGAGUUGGUUGCAAGACAUUUGUGUGAAAUCGAAUGACAUUUCUUCCACAUCGAUUCGACCUUCGUAUUGUCAAUACAUCAAUCCCUAUGUGGUUCCUUAUCCAUUUAGUGAUCACGAUUUUAACACGAUGGAACUUGAUCCUGAUUGUUUCGAUAGUGAAACAGGAAAACCAAGUGAUGAUUUACAAAGAGCGGAAUGUAUCACGGUUCAAGCCAUUAGUUCUGCUGAAUUUGGACCCUUCUAUGUCUCUGUUCAUAAUAAUCAAAGUAAUGAAACCAAUCGGAGUGAAUUCAUUUCUAAAAGAUAUUCAUUAUUUGGAAUGAACACGGGAGAAAUUUAUGCCAUUGAUUUUAACAGUAAUGAAUUGUAUCCAUUUUUAACAGUGAAUCAGACUUCUUCGAAGGAUCCUCAUGAGGUUCAAAACGAUUCCAUUUCAAAAUUGGAUGCCUUUGUGUUGGGAGUGAAUAACACGGCUGCAUAUGUCGUGUCUGCAGAUAAGCAACAAUUUAUGAGAAUCUUUUAUGUGGAUAUUAUGAAUCCUGUCAUGAAUAGUAAAUUAUGUAAACGAGAACAAGUGGGUGGAAGAAUUGAAGAUUUUAAAUCAGUCAAAGUUGGAGAGGAUUUGUAUUUGGUCACACUCAUUUCACAUGAAGAUGACGAGGACUCACAGAAAUAUCAUAACAAAAUCAAGACAUUGAAAUUCUCAAAAUUAGGACUUGAUUGUCUUUUGGAAAUGAAUGCAUUCGAGUACACUCUUGAUUUGAGUGGGAUGGAUUCUUCCGAGUUGAAUUUUUACACAUUCACUCAAUCCAUGAAUAAUACUGAGCGACUUUCUCCUUCGAUUUAUGUGAGAGACACUCAAAUGAUGGAAAGAAAUCUCAUCGUGUUGCAAACACCAAAAACCAUUCAUAUUGUGAAUUUUGUGGAAAGCAAUGCUGUGAUUGAGAUUGGUGCGAAUACGAGUUUAUCGUAUUUAAUGUUUUCACUGAAUGCUGAAAUGAUUGAAAAUGAUUUUUACAUUUCCUCAAGUGCAGUCAUGACUGAAGAGUUGAGAAGAAUUGAUUUUUCAGAUAAUACCACCAAUACGUGUACAUUGUCGGACGAUGAGAAAUUAUUUCCAUCACAGGAGGUGCAUCUUCUUGUGACACUCUAUUCCAACACUCUGAAAAGUAACUUUUCCAAGUUGGUGGUGAGAAAUUUACCAGAAUUUGCAUCAUUUGUUCCAUCUCAAGAUUUUAAUAGAACAUUGUCACCUGUUUCAAGAAAUGAUGAAUUGAAUUGUGACAUUUCGAAUGGAUAUUAUUUUGAUUCGAUCCUUGAAACAUGUUCACAAGCUCAUGAAUAUCUCAUUGAAUUACCUUCGAAGGCCCUUCAAAUUCAUUCUCGUUUUAUUGAUUUACCUCAAGCAGUGAAGGAUUAUUUAACAGAAGCUUCAAAGCAGUCCAGUGAACAAUCUGAGAAAAUUCAACAAGCCAUUCAAUUUAUUUGUUUAGCUGUUGCAGGAGGAGAUGUCAUGAAUCCAACCAAACCUUUCAAUGUGAAUCAAUAUUUACAAUGUAUGGAAACCAUUACAAAUCGAACUUUGGAAUUGCAAUGUCAAGCACAAGCAUUUGGAGCCCUCGGAAAAGAUUCUCUCAAAGAAAUUAUGAACGACUAUUUGCAAUAUAACGUCUUUAUUGCACUCGACAAUAAUGCCGUUCUCAUUUACGGAAUUCAACAACGAUUUUGUGAUCGAAUUUCUAAGGAAUUAAUUGUCAAACCUUUUAAUCAAUUUCAAUUAAUUGGAAAACCUAUUCAUACCUACAUUUCCUCGAAUGGACAACAUAUUUUCAUUUCCAUCACACGCAAGAAGUGGGAAAUUGAAUCACUCAAGAGAUAUCAAGAAAUUUGUAACAUUCUCGAGAAUGAUCCUGAUCAUGUCUUUCUCAAAGAUUACAGAACGAGUUGCAUCAAAUCUCCUCCAAAACCAAUCAACAUUAAUACUUUUGGAUUUUACAUUUCAAGUUGUUUUCCAGGCAUGUACUGUCCAAGUUUAACCAAGAAUGAAAUGUACUCUGUCCAAGAUCGUUUCUAUACAGAACGACCGAAUGCUUUAUUACCUUGCCCCAUUGGAAGUUUUUGUACAUUGGGUUCAAAACAUGAAUGUCCGUAUGGAUUUAUUUGUGACGAAGUGAAAAUGAAUUUACCAAAACCCUGUACCGAUAAUCACUAUAAUUGUGCUUUUAAUGGAUUAACAGAACCUCAAGCACCACAAAAAGGUCUAAUCACACUCGCUCCGUAUUUUCCUGAAAUUCCAAUUGGACCAGGUCUCUACGUCGAGAGAACAAGUGACAUUGAUUUGACUAUUAAGCAUUGCAAUAAGGGAGAUUAUUGUCCAUUGGCACGGGCCAUCGAUGUCGGUAGCAUGUUUGAUCCAAUCGAAACAACAACUCUCCUCGAAUGUCCACAAGGAACAUUUUGUGAAAAUUCACUAGUCAUGACUCCAGAAAUUUGUUUCUGCAAUGCCACGUUUUGUACCUAUUGUCCGAAUGGAAGUUAUAUUGAGAGAGCGUGUCCUGCUGGAUUCUAUUGUUUGGGACCUUCGAACAUCAAGACGUGUAAACUCACUCAGUAUUGUCCAGAAGGAACUUUUAUUCCACAAACAUGUGAAGCUGGAUAUUAUUGUGAAAAUCCAAAAGUGAGAAAGAUUUGUCCUAAAGGUCACUUUUGUCCAUCAGGAACCGUUCGACCUCAUCCAUGCGGUUGGCUUUCAUUGUGCUCAGAAGGUCAAUCCAGUGUUGGAUUUAACAUUUUAGGUUUCUUUUUUAUUUUCAUUUGCUUAAUUCUUGUAUUCUCCAUCAAUGUUGGUAUCAAGUAUGUGCGAGCAAGAAGAGCCAAGAAACGAGAUUUGAAAGAAAAGGAAGAAAUUGAAAUGCAUCUCUCCUCGAUCAACACAAAUGUGAACAAUAGAGAGGCUCGAACGGCCUAUGCCGAUCGAAACAUGAGUCAACAUUAUGGAUCUAAUAAUUUAGGUGUGAAUAUUGAAUUUGAGAAUUUGUCACUCACGGUUGAACAAGCCGGUGAGCACAAAAUAGUUCUCAAUAAUGUUUCAGGAAUGAUUAAGCACUCGGAAUUGACUGGAAUUAUGGGAUGUUCUGGAAGUGGAAAAACAAGUUUCAUUACCUCUCUUUCCGGAAGAGCUUAUUAUGGACAACGAACUGGAAAAGUCAAGCUAAAUGGACAAGAGGACGAUUUAACACGAUUCAAAAAACUUGUUGGGUUUGUUCCACAAAAUGACAUUAUGCUUCCCUCAAUGACUGUUUAUGAGACCUUGUACUUUGCUGCCAAAUGUCGAUUGGACAAGAGCAAAACCAAUGAACAAGUUGAAAAUUUGGUAUCAAGUAUCAUUUCAGUUUUGGGAUUGGAAGAUGUCAAGCAUUCACUCAUUGGAGAUGAAAAGAAGAGAGGAAUUUCUGGAGGUCAGAAAAAACGUGUGAAUAUUGGAAUGGAAUUAUCAGCAGUUCCAAGUGUCUUAUUUUUGGAUGAACCAACCAGUGGAUUGGACUCUUCAACCUCAAAGGAAAUUAUUGAAAUUCUUAGAAGUAUUGCCGUGAAUCAACAUUUAACCAUUGUGACCGUCAUUCAUCAACCUCGAUAUGAAAUCUUUACCAUGUUCCAUAAAAUCAUGCUUCUCGGAAAAGGAGGAAGAGUGGUGUACUUUGGUCCAAGUGUGAAAGCUAUGGAUUAUUUCCAAAGUCUUGGUUUUCAACCACCUGUCAAUGUCAAUCCAGCAGAUUUCAUGCUUGACAUUAUUUCAGGAAAUGUUUCAAGAGAACAAGAUACUCAUUUCGAUCCAGAACAAUUAUUUGAAAUGUGGGAAGAACGAUCUCAUUUAUGGAGUGGAGACAAUUCUCAAAAGACAAUAUCCGUUGAUAAUUCUCCAGCAGUGGAUGCAUCUCCUACGAACUUGACUCAACAUGAUUUGGAAGAAUCGAAUGAUGCAGCCACUGAUUCUCAUCAUACACAAAUUUCACACCAUCAUCGAGAAGAUUCCCAUCCAUCUCUUUCACAUCAAAGUGAAGAUUCAAUGGAUUGUUCGUAUGAAGCUCUCAAACAAGAACACAAUUCAAGACAUGUAAGCUACUUUUCACAAUUCAUCAUGUGUCUGAAGAGAUGUAUUUUUCAAAGUACAAGAGAGACAAAAUCAUUUGUGUUGGAUUGUUUCUUGGUCUAUAUUGCAGGAUUGGCCAUUGGUGUGAUAUUUUACGAUACUCGAUACAUUGGUCCACCAUUGACUGAAAUUAUUGAACAAUGUCCUGAAGCAAUGAGAUACAAGUGUGCACUCCCAGUCGAUGAUCCAAUUAUCACCAUGGGAGCCAUUCUCUCUAUGGGAUUGGCAUUGUGUGGUGUCAUGAGUUCAUUAAGUAAUUUUGGAGAUGAAAUUGUGGUCUUUAUUCGAGAAUAUGAAAGUAACAUUUCACCUCUCAUGUAUUUCUUAGCAAAGAAUUUGAUGCAAAUUCCAAUCAUAUUUUUAACUCCUGGUAUUUUCAUUUCCAUAUUUUACAUUAUCAGUAACCCUCAAGGAGAUGUUUGGCAAUAUUAUUUGGUACUUUUCAAUGUCAAUUUUGUGAGUUAUGGCAUUGGUUACUUGUUAUCCACACUCUUUCCUUCUUCCUUUUCCAAAGUAGCUGGAGUCGUCUUUGUGGUCAUUAACAAUUUAAUUGCAGGAAUGAGACCAACCAUUCCUCAAAUGAAUGACAUGUUCUUCCCAAUGCCUUAUAUUUAUUCACUCUCCUAUCUUCGAUAUGCAACAGAAGCUCUCUAUUUAUUUGAAGUUAAGAAAUAUACAAGUGUUUAUUCUGUGGAAAGUGGAAUGGAAUUAUUGGGUUAUCAAUUUUCAGAUCAAACCAAAUGUGUUUGGAUUCUUCCAUUAUUUGGAAUCUUUUAUAGAAUUUUAGCCUAUCUGUCACUUGUAUUGUUACCUCCUGGAGUUUAUGUGAAAAAAUUGUGGAGAGGUUUAUUUAAUUACAAACAGCAUUGGAAAAAGAUGAAGGAAUGGAUGGAGAGGAAGAGAUUAUUUUCCGCACGAGGGAAUGCGACACGAUUGGAUUCGCAUCAAUAUCGUGAUUUGGAACUUUAUUGA